CUCUCUCGCGGGCAACUUUUUCCUCCUUCGUCAUUCCCAAAUAAAACAGUCGACAAGCUCGUACCUGCCGGCGAUGAACGGAUUCUCUCGGGCCGACACCACGGCUGUCAUUCACGCCUACCGCCAUCUUUAUCGUCUGGGGUUGAAGGUGGUGAAUUACUCUACUCCGUCGCGCCAUGUGCUUCUUCAUACUCUCCGUUCUGCCUUUCGAGCAGGCACCCGCGAAGAAUUCCAGCCGCAGAAAAUUGCCAAUACUUUGAGCUUCCUUCAGCGAGCACGCGACAUUGCAGGGCUUGAGCACAAGAUAGUGAGAAACAUACUGAUGGUGAACUAUUGGGAACAGCCUAUCAUGAGGAAAGAGUAUCGAGUUCUCAAAGGUCUAGGGAUCGACCAGAAGCAGUUCGUGGUGCGGGAGGGUGCCAAUGAGCAAUUCAAUCAGACAUUACGCCUCCUGAACGAGAGUCUAGGAACGUGUCUAAAAUGAUAGAUUCUUAAGCUGUAGUUAGCUCCAGACCGCCGGGGGUUGCACCGCCGACACGCCCGAAAUCUUCUGUUAGGGCAAAACACGACUAUAUAUACCGGCGCACAGAGCAGCUAGACCUGUGGAAAGCGACAAAUCGUCCGGACGCGGGUAGCUCGAAGAUGGCGACCAUCAUAGAGUACAGAGAGCACUCCCGGCUGGGAUCGUCAUCGAGCAGCGAGCAGGAAGGGAAACCCCGAAUUGAAUGAAUGACAGGGCUGGUCGUUCCCUCGAACGGCUCCUCGGUAUGCGUUGCGACAGCUACCGGAGUUCUGCAUCGGAGCCCUGGAAUAUCUACGGACUUCCUUGGAUCGAGAUGGCGAGAGAGAAACGUAUGGAAUCAAUAUAGAUUGUCCUUCUUUGUUCCAUAGUAGCGCGUACUUGCUCUCCCAUUGCAGGUGCAGCAGGCGUAAAGGCCGACGAUCAGCACCUCAGGCAGCGAAUUAGCGGGCCAACGUCACAUGCCUGGUCGUAUUCCUGUUCCGGCACGUUCGCAGGGGAUUUUUUUGUUGUCUCUCGGG